AUGGACUCCAAAUAAAAUCUGAUUUCGUUUUUAGCAGAACUCAAAUCUAAGGAGAUUAAUGACGACACUUAUGAUUGGUUGGAGAAGCAGAUGAACAAAGGAGAUUAAACAAUUAUUCAUUAGUUGAUUUUAAAUAUUGGAGAUCAUUUCGAUGAUUAGUAGUAUGUAUUAAAUGCAUUUUAAGGAUUGAUUAAGAUAUAUGAUAUCAAUCCUAAUGUUCUAGUUAAAGAAGUGAAAGAAACUAAGAUGACAGCCAAAAUAUUGGUGCAUUAUUUAUGUGAAAUAGAAUUCAACACAUGGAAUGAAUGUGGACUACAACUCUUAGUGUUAUCCUUUGAUGACAACCAUUUUCAUCAUCAAAUUAAACAAUUGAAUAACAAACAAUAGCUAUAGCUUGUUAAUAAUAUACUAAAUUAUUUUGCAUAAAGUGACAACGCUGAAGUUUUUAGUGUUCUAAUUCAAAUCUUGUUUGUGUUUCAUGACAAUCAGGACGUUGUUACAGUUAUUAUUCAACAUCAGAAUGCAAGGUUCUUCUAAGAAUUCCUAUUGGAAUAUCUCAAUCACACUAAGAAUGAUGUCUCCAAACCACUCUUUUUUAUUGAAACCAUUAUGAAGUUAGAUAAGGAUUUCUUCUACGUCAAUGAUUUUAAGAUCUUACAACAAAUCUCUAUUAGACAAGUUUAUGAUGGAACUGAAAAUGAAAGAAGAUUGUAUUUGAGGAAUCUAAAGAUUAUUAUUUAAUAUGGCAAUAAAGAAAACAUUUUAGGAGAUGAAAUACUAGAAGCAGCUAGAAUGGUUCAAAUGACUUACACAGAUAACUAUUGUUUAAAGAAAUGUAUAAGUAUUAUUGACAAUUUGAUGAAUAAAUAAAAAUAAUGA